UGUGCGAGCAUGCACACUGGCCUGGACAGCUUUUAAGGAUCUGUCACAGGUAACAGACUGAGUUCCCCGGGGCUGGAGGAGUGGCGCGCAGGAGCCGGGUGGCUGCCUGUCCCGGGGAUCCCGUGCAGUGUCCGUUGUACCCCAGAGCGCAGCGGCUGCGCCUUCCCUUAGGGGUGUGGGGGAGCAUCCGUGGGUCCGCGUGUGUGGGGCUGGUUGACGGCAGGAAGAGCCAAUCAGGUCUAGCAGCCCGGGCUGCCAUGUGACAGGCGAGGCGGCCCCUUUCCCCAGCGCGGCCAGAGAGCGAGAGCGAGAGGGAGCCAGGGCUCAAAAGGAGCCCGAGCCAUCGCCAGCAGCAGCAGCAGCAGCAGCAGCUGCGGUGGCAGAGGCAUCUGAGCAGCAGACGCGGUCCGGGCUGCGGAGGCUCCAGAGGACAGAAGAACCUAUAUCUCCGCCCUCCUCUAUCCCCGGGACAUUGCGAGAAGCCCGGCCGCUGCAGCGAGAUCUGCAGGACAAGGCUGGACAAAGCAAGAUGGCAGGGAUCUUAGCCUGGUUCUGGAACGAGAGGUUCUGGCUCCCCCACAAUGUCACCUGGGCAGAUCUGAAGAACACAGAAGAAGCCACCUUUCCCCAGGCUGAAGAUCUCUAUCUCGCCUUCCCCUUGGCCUUCUUCAUCUUCAUGGUCAGGCUGGUCUUUGAAAGAUUCAUAGCCAAACCAUGUGCCUUAGGGCUUAACAUCCAGGCCAAUGGACCACAAAAAGCCCAGCCUAAUGCUAUUCUCGAAAAGGUCUUCACUGCAAUUACCAAGCAUCCAGAUGAAAAGAGACUGGAAGGUCUUUCCAAGCAGUUAGACUGGGAUGUUCGCAGUAUCCAGCGCUGGUUUCGACAGAGACGCAACCAGGAGAAACCCAGCACUCUUACUAGGUUCUGUGAGAGCAUGUGGAGAUUUACAUUUUACCUUUAUGUGUUUACCUAUGGAGUCCGGUUCUUAAAGAAGACACCCUGGCUGUGGAACACAAAGCAGUGUUGGUACAAUUAUCCUUAUCAGCCACUGACACCUGAUCUUCAUUACUACUAUAUUCUGGAAUUAUCCUUCUAUUGGUCUUUAAUGUUUUCUCAGUUCACCGACAUCAAGAGAAAGGACUUUGUGAUUAUGUUCUUGCAUCAUCUCGCAACCAUCUCUCUGAUUACCUUUUCAUAUGUCAACAAUAUGGCCCGAGUGGGGACCCUGGUCAUGUGUCUCCAUGAUGCAGCUGAUGGCUUGCUGGAGGCUGCCAAAAUGGCCAAUUAUGCCAAGUUGCAAAAACUGUGUGAUCUCAUGUUUGUCAUGUUUGCGAUAGUUUUCAUCACCACAAGACUUGGUAUAUUUCCUCUCUGGGUCUUAAACACAACACUGUUUGAAAGCUGGGAAAUUGUUGGACCCUACCCAUCCUGGUGGGUUUUUAACUUGUUGCUGUUGUUAAUUCAAGUCCUGAACUGCUUCUGGUCUUACUUGAUCAUAAAGAUAGCUUGCAAAGCUAUUUCAAAGGGCAAGGCUGGGAAAUGGAAUCCUUUGCAUGUGUCCAAGGAUGACCGAAGUGAUAUUGAAUCCAGCUCAGAUGAGGAAGAUUCAGUACUUCCUGCAAAGAACCCACACAACCCUACCACCAACACCAAUGGGACCAGUGGCACCAGUGGCACAAAUGGGUACCUCACAGGUGGUCCAUGUGCAGAGGAACACUAACUACUUUACACCACAAGACCUGAACAAAGUGAACUCUUUGCUACUGGAAAUAUUUAACUAAGUUGUGAAUGCAGUCCCUUUCCUGUAUCUCAGCAUCAGAAACAAAAAUUAGGAUUAUCAAAGCAUUCUGAUAGUGCACUGCCAUAUUUCCUGUCUGUGAAUGAAGAAGACUUUCCAUUCUCUAUAUGUAGGCAUGCUGUAUGUAUAUGUUAUUGACCCAAAUGGGAGCAGUAUUUUCAUAUGUAAUGUCUUUGAAUAUUAUUUAUUUUUUUGUAUUUGUUUGUAAAUCUGUGGACAAAAGGGAAUUGCCUCACUCCUUUUAUUCUGCAAAUUCUUUAUGGGAGAAAGAGAUGCUCCCAUCUCUUCUAUUCCUCCUUGUUGCUGUAGCUUAGUCUGCUAUAACUAUUUGCCAGCUUGAAUUGUCACUCAUAGUACGCUAAAGGCAGCUUUGCAGAUACAACUCAGCUCCAGAUGUGUUUGCCUCCUUUGUGUUAUAGUGCUGGUUUUGUCAUUGGUGAUCAGUUCACAGUGGCUGUUCUCCCAAUGUGAAAGUUUAAACGGGCUGAAUUCGUUUUGUAAGUAGUCUCUCUAAUGUGAUCAAUUAGCAGUUCAAAUUAAACAGUGGUAUGAUUUUGGGGUAUUGGGGUUUUAUUUUAGCAUUGUUUUCAACUAAAUUGGUAGUUAAUUGCAUUAGAAUAGGCUCCAUUACUUGUGUGCAUACCCAUGAUCUAUUUAUGUCAAUGGCUAUGGUAAAUUCCUGGUGGCAGAUUAGUUCUGCCUUGUUUGUAAGCCUAACCCUGGCAGGAUAUAGCAUCUUGCAUUGCUUCUGGUUCAGCUGAAAAACAUUUGCUCAGGUCCAUAGUUAUAAGUAGAGAAUUCAUGUUUAAUGUUGAGAAUUUGUCUCUGUGAGCUGGGAAGAAUGAAAACAGAGUCCACCAGCUCAGAGAUUCGUCAUUAUUGCAUGCAUGCGCAGAAAGGUUUCAGCCAGGCUUCACUGCUCUCCCGAUAAUUGAAUAGUCUGCCUUGUCACAGAAGAAAACUAGCUGAAAGACCUGCUCAAACAGAAAAGUUGAUUUUUUGAGCCUUAGAAGAGUUCUCCCAAGUGUUGAGCACUUUAUUGCAUCCAACUUUUAAAACUCCUGUAGUAUUUGACCUGCUCAUAUGAGUGUGUGUAUGUAUGUGAUUAAUAAUGAUGUCUGACAAAAUCAGAGGAAAGAGAAUAGUGACCAUUCUCCUCAUCCAAAAACCAUAAUGAUUCAUCAAACCUACGAGGCUACUGUAAGCACUAGCAUGAUGCACCAGGACCCUCGAUGUAUGCUUGUUUAGUUCCUAGCAAAGGUUUUGGAGGGUAUUAUUCCUACUGGAAAUGCUACCUUUCUCUUAGGAAACUGCUCUCCCCAGCAGUGGCAGAAUCAGCAGCGAGGGAUUUCUGGGCAAAAGACUUCCUUAAACCUCCUUUUUGAUGGUGUUAUAUGUGUGCCAAAAAAAAAUGUACACAUAAACCAAAGAACAUUUUCUCCCCUUUAAUGUAGGAGGGAAGGAAGAAGCAAUAGCUUUCCUUCUUAUCAAAGGUAUAAAGAAUUCUCUCAGCUAGAAGAUCACACAUUAAAAUAUUGAUUGUUCCCACUUCUCCAGAAAAUAGCCCAUCCCAGUGUUGAGAAUAUUCAGAAAGAUAUGACUGCUGAGUCAUUGAGCAAGCACUCUAUCUACUUCUCAUAGUACCCUUUUACUUCAGUUAGGAAAAUGAGGAUAUGUGUGUUUAUGCGUCUAUUUGUGCAUUUGUAUUUACAAUCAAAAAGGAUUCAUAGCACUUGUUUAUCAUCUGAAAGAAUGCUGAAAAUGUAAGCUGUCGUAAAAUAAUGUCAAGCAUGUUAGGAAAUUAAGGAGAGAAAGUUCUUUUAUCUUCUAAAAUAGACAGAACAAGUGAAAUGUGAUACCAUGCUUUAGAUUCUCUAUUCAGUUUUCAGCCCACCUGAUAUCUAGCAGAAAUAGUGGAGUAUGAGCUUCAAACCCCAAGUGUGUGGGGGCAUUGACCUCCAGGAGGCCACAUGCACUUCUAUUUGUUUGGAAAAGUAAUUUCAGAAUGAUGAGUUUUGGAAUAUUUGACGUAGGAACUAUUGCUUUGAGAUCAAGUAGAUGAUUUCUGAGUGUUGUUUAGGCUAGAUUGUGAUUCAUAUUUUUACCCAGAAGAUCAAUUAGAAGGAGGUUUGGGAGGACCCCAAAGAUAUCAUCAUACCAAUUGAUUUUAAUCUAGCCAAAACCUUCCAUGAAUUUGUAAAUUAUAUUUCAUUCAAUGUUCUUGGGUAGGGCGUCCAUCUGCAGCUUAACAACUUUGGAGUUAUUGGCUUUCUUGAUGAAUUAUUAUACGUGUAUAUAUGUCUAUAUACACAAAUACGUACAUAUAUUCUAUUCUGAACCCCCUUCAAGGCUAGGUGAAGGUAAUAUGUAACAUCUACCAAUGCCACAUCCUUGAAAGUGUAGAUUGUAUAUUUAAGCAGGUUGAUUGUAGCAAUAACCCCGAGUAGACAUUUUUCACCCUCCAGUUUGCAUUCAUGUCAUCCAUGUGUAUGGGGAAAUAUAGGAAACUUCUAGAAAAAAGGAUUUUAUUCAAAAAUGUUAUAGGUUUUUUUGAUGUUUUAGGAGAAAAGGAAUUAGAUGGUUAGAAUUUGGCCUUGAGUCAAUGGAACAAUGGAUAUAUUUUGAAAAAUGUGACCUGUGUAUUUUUGUGUGUAGGUUUAUUGAAAAAGUAGAUAAAGCCAAACUAUGCUCAGCCUUGGCCAGCUUCCUUUGUAAAGUUUCCACCCUGCAGAUCUUUCACCUUUUUCUUUCUUGUCCUUCAGAGCAUACUGCUGAGCCAACCAAAUGUUACAGAAAAUCAUAGCUGGAGUGCCCAAGAGAGCAGGGUCUUUCUGACUAUGGUGUACACGCUAGUUAUAGUGCAGGUUUUCUAGCUGCAUUAGUAGCAUUAGGACUUUGGCUAUUCCUGGAAGUGAAAGAGUGGGAGGGACAGUUGUUAGUGUUUGGGAUUUAUUUUUAGCACAAUUUUUGCAAGUAUAACUACCAUAGACACCUCUCCCCAUGACUUCAUUACCAUCCAACCCCAACUGUGCUGCUAGACAGAUUGUUCUCUGGGGUCCAUUCAGACAAAGAAGCAGUCUUUUAAUGAAGAUGAAUCUAUGUGGGAAGGUGGACAACCCCCCACCUCUCCCAGUGCAACCAGUUGAGAGAAGAAAUAUGUCAGAUCUCUAUCAGCCAAAAAUUUAAAAAGGAAUACAAAAUAUUCAAUUCUGUUGCCAAAAUUCCAACUCUAAGUAUUUGAUAAAGUUUACUAUUUAGCACAUCGUGUUGUCUAAUCCUUAAUAGCAAAGGUCUGAGCCUUUUACAGCAACAACAGUCUUAUUUGGACUGAAGUUAAAAAAAAGUCCCUACUGUUUCAGUUGGCCUUCAAGCCUAUCCCAUCUAAGUGUUCAAAAUGAAAACCAAGGGAAUGAAAAAUCCUUCAUUCACGCCAUUCAUGCCAUUAUCUUGCACUGAGAGUAGUUUUCAUUUAGAAACGUCUGCCACCAUCUACUAGAGUAUUGUCCUAAGUCUUCAUGCCCAUUCUUCAUAAGAUUUUAAUUCUUAAAAAAAAGUGAAAUCAAUACAAAAUAAUUCUAAAGGCCAAGUUUUUUUUAGUAUGUGCCUCCAGGGUCAUGAUUAUGGUCAAAUGAGAAAAUGUCUGUAAAACAUUUUGCAAAUGUUCAAGUGUUACAUAAACAUAAAUGAUUUAUUGUUAUUUUAAUGACCAGAGGGGCUUCAAGAUAGUAUUUAGGGACAAGAAGACAUGCAUUCACAAUCCACAGUAGGGUUUAAAGCCCCAAGAAUGUUACUGGCUCCCUUUUUCUUAAGUCUUUUUGCUGACAAUGACUUCCAAGUUUUUCUGUUUUAUAUGCUAAAUCAAUGAAGGAAUUGCUGGGACACAGAUAAUAUCAGACAGAUCACAUGCAAAAAAAAAAACCAAACCAUAAAAUCCUCAUCAGCUUGACCAGAAAGGGAGUCACUUUUCAUUCUUAUCAAACCUGCAAAGAAAGAUAAAUUCACUUGACUCAUUGGCCUUGCCCCAUAACAUACUAGAAAGGACUGACCGACCACGUUUUCAUAAACAGCCUUUGGAGUCAUCAAAGUUGCAGUAAAAUAAUCACCGGAAAGAACUCAUAACCUCCAGAAUCAGUUUAACUCUGUCAGUAAAAUAAAGUUGUGCCAUUCCCAGAAUACCAAAAAGGAAAAAGACUGUACUGUUUCAUUGUUGCCAAUUCUUAAUAGCAAAAUGUCAAAGAAAAACAUUUCAAGCCAAAUUCUGCCUUCAGCUACGUGGGCAGUAGCACCUAGCACAAUGCCCACUUCUUAGUAUUCAGAAAAUGUUUGUUGAUGAUAUAAUAAUUAUACACAGGGAAGAUCGAGUCUUUCCUAUUGAAAGCCUAAGGUGGUGAGAAGCUCGUGUUAUUAUUCCCAUUUUGAAGAGAAGAAAGUUGAGCUUCAAAGUGACUCACACAGUCAUAUACAACCAGUAAAUAAUGACAGAGCUGGGUUUUGAACCUAGUUUUUUGUGUUUCUGAGACACAUACUAUUUCUGCUAAGCCACACUGCCUGUCUAUAUAUAUAUAUAUUUGCUUCUGGUAUUUUUAAUAGAGAAAAUUGUACCAAAGUUUGUAGAAAACUCCCCAUAAUCAUUGAUGAACUCUGCAAAGUCCCAACAAUGUACCUAGAUGGCAUUUUUGAGAUGGAGGCAAAGUAUUCUCAGUUUGGGUUCAGACUGAACCCAAAUAUCAAGAAUCAAAGUAUUAAAAAAAUAAGCAUCCCCUAGAACAAAAGAAAGAUUCUCUAAGCAGAUAGUAGAAAUAAUCAGCACAUGAUGUCUCUAGCUCAAUAAGAUUAGACACCAUUAAGAUAAUACAGGAAAUGAGGACAGAGGAUUCUUCUGUUUAUCUCAAAGAGGGUUACAUCCUUCCAGUCUCCUGUUAACUUUCAGUAAAAGAAAGACAGGAUGUUGCCCCCCUUCUGCCAUUGGUUCUUUGAUAGUUUUUCAAAUACUCAUUUGCUGCACUUCCUCCUUUGUGUGAUUCCAUUUGUCUGAACUGUGUCACAUUUGUGUGAACUGCUUUGUCACCCACAGUGUCCAUUCCCUCCCAACACAAGCUUGACUAAGCCCUACUUUCCAGGAUACUGUAAACUCCAGUUGCCUUGACACCACAAACCAGGAGCCAUCUAUGUGGUUUAUAGUCAGUAGGAAAGUGUUUCACCAAAAGGACUUUUCUUUUCAGAGUUGCUGUGAAGGCUUUAGAAACUGGGUUUCUUGUAAGGAACCUUAGAAAACUGGGAACUUCAGAUGGUAGUUUCAGAGAGCACAGUUUGAAUGUGUCUGGAGAUGUUCAAGUAUCAUUUGCACAGACAUUUACUCUACCGUCAUUUUUGUUACAGUGCAUUUGGGGUGUAGAUUGUUCUUUUAACCUGCAGUGAGGAAUGGAGCAGAUGACAUGGUUUCACCUGAGUUUUGAAGACAAAUCCAUGUUUGAGCAGCUCUCAGAAAUAGAAUGAAGUAUGGUUAGCUUAUUAGAAUUCUUUUGUUAUGUUGAUAUUGUGCAUAACUGAACUUUGGGAGUUUCUUUGUGUUUUGAUGAUUUUUUUAAAAUAUGGAAAAAUGUAAUUAUUCAUCCUUGAAUCUCUGGAACCAAUCAUUAUUGUGGAUUAUUUUACUUUGAAAACACUUUCAUAAUAAAGAUAAGUAUUAAAAAUGUA